AUGUCUCUCAACUAUUUCACCUGCACGCUCGACCGUGCGGCUCUCCACCAGCGUGAGAAAAGAUACAGCACCAUCGGGGAAUUCGUCGGCGUCAAGGCCCAGACGUGUCCAGAAGUGCCAGUACUCGGCCUGUACGAGGUUACAACAGGCACAGCAAAGGCCUCGCGGGCAGCGUGGACACCGCACGUGUGGACGUUCAAGGCCGUCUACAGGGGCGUCAACCUGGUAGCUCAGGCGUUGUUGGAAGCGUGGAGGUGGGACGAUGAUACAAACCCCAGCAAGUCGGGACCGGGACCGGGACAGACGGUGGCGGUCCUGUGUCCCAGCUCGCCUGGGCUGUUGUUCACAUGGCUGGGCUUGAUCUGGCUGGGCCAUCCGGUCCUGCUGGUCGCUCCGCAAUGCAGCCCCUCGGCGAUCGCGGAGCUGUGCAGGUCCUGUAACGUCGAGGUGAUCCUGUACGAGGAGCCUUACGGUACUCUCGCGAGGGAAGCGUCACGGGAGGCGUCGUCGCAUCCUGGAGAAAGGUGUCUCGUCGCGCACCCGAUACCUUUUGCUGGAGACAACAUCUUCCACCUCAUCAAGGAUUCAAGUCCUGUCCCCCUUGUCCCUCCGGCGACCGUGCGAGACACGGACGUGGCCUACCUCCACCACACCUCGGGCACGUCGAGCGGCGUCCCCAAACCGAUCCCCCAGACACACAGGGCGGCGGUCGGGGUCCUUCCCAUCCUCGACGGUACAGGGCAGGCGACAUUCACGACGACACCACUCUAUCACGGCGGCGUGGCCGAUUUGUUCCGUGCAUGGACCAGCAACGCUUUGGUGUGGCUCUUUCCGGGCAAAGACCUGCCCAUUACCGCUGCCAACGUGCGCAGAUGUCUUGACGUUGCCUCGUCUUAUCCUCCCGCCUCUUCUUCCGCAUCAACAACAGACAACUGCAGAACGAUACCGGAGAUAAAAUAUUUCUCCUCUGUGCCGUACGUGCUGCAAAUGAUGGCAGACGACGAGAUUGGUCGGGAAUACCUCCGAAAAAUGGACAUCGUCGGCGUCGGCGGUGCAGCUCUACCCAAAGAAGUCGGCGACAGCCUCGUCAGGGACAAUGUGAAGCUGGUAUCGCGGUUCGGGAGUGCCGAGUGUGGGUUUCUCCUAUCCUCGCAUCGGGACUACGCAAAGGAUGAGGCAUGGCAAUACCUCCGAGCGACGCCUGGUCCGGGUUCGUCUUCAUCACCACUAAAGUUCGAGCCCAGGGACCAGGAGGAGGGUCUUUUCGAACUCGUCAUCCAGGCGGGCUGGCCGCAUAUGGCGAAGCGAAACCGAGAGGACGGCUCCUUCGCCACCGCCGACCUGUUCACCGCCCAUCCAACAAUCCCCGACGCAUGGCGAUAUCACUCGCGAGCCGACUCGCAGCUGACGCUCGUCACGGGAAAGAAAUUCGACCCGGCACCCCUCGAAGACGCCAUUCGGGCCUCGGCCUCGUCUGUCCUACAGGAUGUCCUCAUCUUCGGCAACGGCAGACCAUACCCUGGUGCCCUGCUGUUCCCACGCCAGGGAGUGUGGCAGCUUAGCGGAGAAGACCUUGUCCGCCAGACCGCCCCCGUGGUCGAGGACCUGAACCGCAAGAGCCAGACUCACGCGCGGAUCCCGAGGAACAUGCUCGUUCCCAUGGUCUUUCUCAAAGAUGGACUCGAGAAGAGCAGCAAAGGCACCGUUCUCAGGUCCAGGGCCGAAGCCAGGUUCGCUGAGGCAAUCGACGCCGCCUACGCAGAAGAAGAAACCCUCCCGAAGGGUGUCAGUCUCAGUGUCGAUUCUUCGCCAGAGGUAUCCGACAGCGACAUACCCGCGAGGAUCCGCGAGAUUGUGGAGAAUGUUGUCGGCGCAGGAGGGAGGAAUGGUCACAGUGACGGUGACGGUGACGCCCUGACGGAGCAUACGGAUCUGUUCGCCUACGGGGUCGACUCGGUCGCGAGCAUCCAGAUCCGCCGUGCGCUGUCCCGACUCCUACCAAGGGGCUCAGCCUUGUCGUUGACGGUGGUGCAAGAUACGGGCACCAUCGCCGAGCUGAGCGAUCUCAUCCUGCGUGUGCGAUCAGGGAGAGGGGACUCUACGACAAGGAGGCGGGAGUGUGAUGAACAGGCCCAGCAUCGGCUGAUGCUCGAUUUGGUCGACGAGCACAGUGUCUUUGAUCAGCCGGGAACAGAACGUUCCUCCUCUCCGCCCGUAUCCAGCACCGGCACCGGUCUCCAUUCCUCACAAUCCCCACUGCCAACUAUCCUCCAGGACAAGGACAACGGUAAAGGCGAAGGCAUCCACGUCCUCCUCACGGGCCCAACAGGCUCUUUGGGCGCACACAUCCUGCACCAACUCCUCGCGAGCACCUCCGUGCUCAAGGUCCACCUCCUCGUCCGCGGCGCCACGCCCACCGCCUCGCGCGAACGUAUCUUGAAAGCACUGACGUCCCGUCAUCUCCCCGUCCCGGGGUGCUUCGACACCAAGACCAAAAUCCACAGCUGUAACCUCUCAGACACCAGACUCGGGCUGUCCGACGAGACGUACGAGCAGUUGACCCGUGAAGUGGACGUGAUUGUCCAUUUGGCGUGGAGCGUCAACUUCCUCUUGCCCUUGCGAGCGUUUGCGCAGACGCAUCUCGCGGGGACGAGGAACUUGAUCAAUCUCGCCGCUCGGUCCUCGUCGUCGUCAAAGGGGAGGAUACCGCCGAGAUUUAUAUUCUGCUCCAGCGUGGCGGCGGUAUCAGGCUAUUCUUCUUCCUCUCCUUCAUCAACAUCAUCAACAUCAUCUUCGUCUUCUUCGUCUUCUUCUCCUCCUUACUCGUCUCGAUCUUCUUCUUCUUCGCCAACGACAACAAUAACCUCCCACCAACCCAUCCCCGAGAGUAUCCUUUCCGACCCCACCGUGUCCGGCCCAACCGGCUACGCCCAAUCCAAGUGGGUCGCCGAACAAAUCUGCCACCGCGCGGCGCGCGAUUCCUCACGGCUGAAGAACCGCAUCUCCGUCGCCCGAGUCGGGCAGCUAUCCGGCGCGAGCGACACGGGCGUGUGGAGCCGCAGCGAAGCGUACCCGCUGAUCCUCAGCACGCUCGCGGUGACGGGGUGUUUGCCGGACCUAGAUCAGGCGAGGAGAGACCAGGGCCACGGGCAGGGCGAGGCGCUGGCGUGGUUGCCCGUCGACGUGGCCGCAAGGGCGUUUGUGGAGGACAUUCUCAAGAACGAUGACGCUUCAUCGUCUCGUCAUUCGGCGUGGGAGGAUCAUCUUUUGACGGAGAAAAACGUCAAAGAGCCCCUCGUCGCCACGACAGCCACAAUCGCAGACACAGAGCGAAGAAGAGGUUCUUCACCUGACGUCGCGGUCCACCACGUCCUCAACCCCUCCACCCGCGUAACCUGGUCCGACCUGCUCGUCUGGGUGUCACGUCAUCACUCACGCAGUCCCAUCGAGAUCGUCUCCGUAGACGAAUGGCUGUCCCGCCUGUCCGACCUGCAGGACAGCAGCGGCGCCGCCGGCACGGAAACCCACAACCACCCCGCUCUACGACUGCUGGGGUUCUGGGAGAAAGUGUACGGAGGUGUCUCUCGAGGGAUGACAUUAGAGCAGCACCCGGCAGUGGCAGAGGCUGGAGAAUUAAAAGUAGAGGUCAAGACUGGAGAAGAAAAGCAGCGACAUCCCCAACCAGAGAAAGGUGUUGAAGACGCCAGAGAAGCCGCAGUCCAUUACGAAGUGGCAAAGACGUUCGAGCGCAUGCCCGUGUUGAGAAACGUACAGGAAUUGGUUAAUGAGGACUACGUCUUAAAGUUGUGGGAGUGGAUCAGAGACAAUAUCUAA